AUGCCAAACACCUGCACCCCUCCCUCCUCCGGUCCUCUUGACUCUGUCAUGACAGAGGACCCAGGUGGAGGGGAACGGAGUGCGGUAAAUGUUGCCCAAGUCCACUAUUAUUGCAAAUUGAUUCACGCACCAUGCUGCGGAGCACACGAUGGGCAUCGUCGGAAACGACAGUCGAACUGUGAGAUAGUGGUGAGGAAGAUUUGAGAAACUUCGACCUCCCUAAUCCUCUUGGUGGAUCGCAGUCAAGACUGCGUCAAUAUUUCUGGCAGGAAGAUGGGGUCUGGAGACUGAGCUGUCCCAGAGCCCUCGCUCACACGUCUCACAACAUGGCUGGUUAGUCCGUGUGGCCUAAUUCAAGCUACGCAUACUUAAAUUUUCCAGGUGAAAGUUUAACAGAACCACAGGCGAAUGAAAUAAAGAGUUAAUAGCAUUACCCCGUUUAGGAACUCAGCGUUUAUAUACCAAUGGUUUUGGCGUAAUUUAAUGUGGGUGAAUAUAACACAAAAACACACAGAUGAUUAUCUAGGUAGAAUGGCAUUACCGAAAAAGACAAGGGAGACUGUAAUGGCCAUUUCUGGCUUAUUUGCCGUCGUCAGCCAGUCAUACCCAACCCCGAAGUGUGGGACACCCGAAGCUCGAACUCAGGACCUGUUAGUUAUAAGUCCAUGCCUCUAAUCACUGGGCCACGAGCCCGUUGCCCUGUCGGUUUUGAUCAUGCGUCUCUCUGCGGCUGCUGGUUGGGCUCGAGAGAGAGCCCAUAAGGCACAAAGGAACGAGUGAGUUCCGUAAGACCGAUCAUCAUCAGAUGAUUGUUUUUUUAAAGCACUUCAAUGACCUUCCUGAUGGUAUCAGAGAAGGACGUUUUGCCAAGUUACAUAAUACUUAGCAGAAUCAGCAAGUGCAAGCAUAAUUUUUGGCCAAAAGUAAAUGAACAAAGCGAAAUGCUGGUACCAUAAUCAGAGUAGCGUCUGGCAAAAUAGCUGACAAGCGAGAUGAGGAAGAUCAUCAAGAGUCAGUCGCAAAGCAUCUUCUGGAUAUCUACCAUAUUACGGGCUCCAAGAUGUUGCUCGAGGUUCCCUUUGAUAAGAAAGUGCCCAACUUCUAUGCCAUUCAUAGACCGCAGCAAUACGGAAGUAAAAGCCUGUACCGCGCAAUGAGUUGGUUCAGGUGACUCACCUUUCUGUAUCAGCCAACUCAGGUCAGGCCCGCCUUAGAUCUGCGCUUCAAGCUGCUUAUCCCCUAUCCCACCUGACUUUCACGUGCUGUUUUUCGAGUAGCGGUCUCCUUCUCUCCUGCCAGGUCCACAUGAUAUUCUAUGUUAUCUUAGAAUGGUAUGCCCACCGAGCUAUGACCAGGGAAAGGCUGCUAGCUGUUGGAUGAGAUACAAAGCAAAUUAAUGGCGUUUCUAGAUACCCUUUAAUGUUUAAACUUAAAAAAAUUCGAGGCAUGCCUGAUAAGUUAUGUGUCAAGGAUUUUAGGUCGGGCAUGUGGUGGAAGUCCGAACAACAUUUAAAAUCUAGCCUCGAAAGGUACAUUGCUAGAAGAUGGUGCAUGGGGGACCAAAAAUCCCGCUAGCCACAUUUUGGCGUUUCUGUGUAUUAUAGCGUUGGAAGGGUACUGAAGUGGUCUCCAUUUCCAAAUCGGAAUAGGCACAGGAAUUUACUGAGGCUUAAUACUCCAGCACAAACAUUAUCAUGGCGGAAUUUCGACCUAGAAGUUUACCAGGGAGGGUCAGCGUGCUCUACAAACACCCACUCAAGACAGUAACCAGCAUAUCUGUCCAGGCGGAGUUUCAGCAGACGGUCGUCCUCGCUCAAAAUACAGUCAGCCUCGACCUUACCAACAUUCCCCUCCGGUUUUUAUCGUAACGCUGCCUGUUCAUUCUACGGACGUGCGCUCUGUUUGUGAAACUUCUAUGUCCGAAGAUGUUCAAGUGCCAUACUUUCUCUCUGUCUUUAUCAAUUUGUAUGGUGAGGGUUCGAAGGCGACAACGUAAAAUUCCAGAAUACAUCUUGAUUAUUUCAGAAAACUUCCCCUUCUUCAUUAUGUCAGCUCGGAAUGAAUAUUUGUUUCAGUUUCAGUUUAUUUGAGGGAAACAUAGGUGUUGAACCUGUGAACUCCCUAUUUACCACAGAAAAAGAUGUCCCGUUUUGGGGAGGCACAUGUUCGUUACUUGGUUGGCACUAUUCUGAUUAAUACUUUUUGGUCAUUUUUGACAGAAGUCAUCCCUCAGAAUGUACAGGUGGAAAUUAAUCACACAAACAACUGCACACAUGAAGUCUGCCAAUCACGUUUAAUGUCGGAGAUCCACGCCUAUUGGUUAGAUUGACUUGAUCGAUAUAGAGCCUAUUCAAAUGGCAUCAGCUGCCUGCUAGGAGUUUCUACAGAUCCACAGACAUGUCAGGGCGAUUUGCUGAAUACCUUUCCGAGGCCAAGCAGAAGGAACUCCGGGAUAUCGCUAAUGCGAUCGUCGCCCCUGGCAAAGGUAUCUUAGCUGCCGAUGAAAGUGUUUGUAAGUCAGGAUUUAAAGCACUCGAUGAGUUUCGCUCACUUUAGCAACCAUCGGAAAACGGUUCAAGAGCAUCAAUUUGGAGAAUACAGAAGAAAAUAGGCGGUUAUACCGACAACUCCUAUUUAGCACCGAUCCCUGCUUAGCCAAGCAUAUUUCCGGAGUUAUCCUUUUCCACGACACUGUCUACCAAAAAACGGAGGAUGGAACUCCACUAAUCAAGCUACUUCAAGUAAAUCACUGAGCUUUUUUGCCGAAUGAUUAGUCAUUUGCAAAUUCUACCGCAUGUAGUUAUGAUGGCAGUUUGAAAAUUCUAUUCCUAGAUUUAUUUUAUCGGAAUUUUAUCACACACUUUUGCAGGAUCGUGGCAUUAUCCCCGGAAUCAAAGUCGAUAAGGGUGUUGUGCCUUUGGCUGGCACCUGGGAUGAAGGAACAACUCAAGGUCUGGAUGGUCUGAGUGAGAGGUGUGCUCAAUACAAAAAAGACGGCUGCCACUUUGCCAAAUGGAGAUGUGUGCUGAAGAUUACUGAAAGGACCCCAUCGUAUCAGGCCAUGAUGGAGAACGCCAAUGUGUUGGCGAGGUACGCCGUGAUAUGUCAGCAGGCAAGUCAAACUUCUUUGCGAACUUUUGGUUAUGUUGUUCUCAGACAAUCGUGGUGCCUUAUGUAUUCUACUUGACUUUAGAACGGAAUCGUCCCCAUUGUGGAGCCGGAGGUCUUGCCUGAUGGAACCCAUGAUCUGUACGUUGCUCAGCGGGUCACUGAAGAGGUACUCGCUUGGCAGUACAAGGCUUUGGCUGAUCAUCACGUGUACCUUGAGGGCACAUUGCUCAAACCGAACAUGAUCACCGCUGGCCACUCAUGCAGCCAAAAGUUCUCCAAGGAGCAGAAUGCCCUCGCAACAAUCCAAACUCUGCAACGACGGGUCCCAGCCGCUGUACCCGGUACGACAGUUCCCAAUAUACUUUUUGACUGAUGUUUCUGAAUCAGUUAACGAGAUUUUUCUGUUUUAGGUAUUGUCUUUUUGUCCGGAGGUAUGUCAGAAGCAGACGCCACCUACAACUUAAAUGCUAUCAAUGCCAUGCCAGGCAAGAAGCCCUGGGCAUUAACCUUCAGCUUUGGAAGAGCUCUCCAGGCCUCCGUCAUCAAGAUCUGGCAAGGCAAGAAAGAGAAUACUCAGGCCGCCCAGAACGAGCUUUUAAAAUUGGCUCAAGUAAGCCGCCAAUACUUAACACAUCUCUCAUUGAGUCUUUCCUUCGCGAGUCAUGAUUGCUAUGGGCCGUUGAAGGUUACUUUACUUGGUUCAUGUUUUUCGCAUCCUAGGCCAACGGUCUGGCGGCAUUGGGAAAAUUUGAGGGGACUCUGGAGACGGCUGCUGGAGGACAGUCUCUCUUCGUCGCCAAUCACGCAUACUGA